ACCAGUACCAACACAAACAUACAGCACUCACUCUUCUAUUAUCUCUUCUUUUAAUCUAAACAACAACCCUAAUCAUCAUGGACAAGGACCUCUCUCUCUUCGUUGCCGAUGGUAAUGUUCGCUUAACCUGGAUUGCCUUCUUCACUCAAUUUGUUCUCUUGGGUGCCGUCUACCUCCUGCGCCAUGUUGUUGGAGAUGCUGAGAAAACCGCUGCUACCUCCGAGGAUCCGGAAACGGCUGCAAAGAAGUCUGCUCUCAACUUGUCCGCACCUGACGGCUUUGCUGCGCGUGUGGCCCAUCUUUACCGUGUCUUGCAAGAAAACACUUUUCUUUUAUUGUGCGUGCUGGUUCUUAACACCUUUGGCAACGGUUCGACUCGUGCAGUGAUGAUUAUUACUUGGAUUUAUUUCGCUUUUACGGUCGUUUGUGCCUUCAGUGAACUUAUCUAUGCAAAUCGCUUUAUCCGCCUUGGUUACAGCGCCAUCUUCUAUGCACUCACCCUUGCCAUGGGUGGUCUUGCAUUUGCCCAAGGUUGGUAAAAAGACAAGUCAAAGCUCUCAAACAAAUGCUGCCACUACUACGACUUCUUUCAAUUUUGUACAAUCCCCCUCUGUAAAAAUCAUGUAUAGUUUUUCCUCUUUCUGGAAACGUCUUCCGUUUCUUUAGUAUGCUACUUUCCCACCCCUGUUCAUUCCUCUAAUACCUCGUCGCCAGAAUACUUUUUACAUUAAUCACUUAAAUCUAAAUAAAUAUUUUAUCACUAUUCAACAUGCUUACAUUCGCG